UAUUUUUUUAUAAAAAUUAUAUAUCAUAUAUAUAGUAUAUAAUGUAAAUUAGGGAAUAGGGAUUAGGUUUGAGAAAAGAGAAAUUUCUGUCCCUUUGCAUCUCGCUCUCGCACAGCCACAACCGCACCAUCCCUACUCACUCCAUCACUCGUCGCCUCUCUCUCACAGUCGCUAUCUCCGGCGGUCCGGCGUCUUAAGCCUCUCGACACAGUACACACUCGCGAAGUCCGACAAAGCCUCUUCUUCGCGCCUCGACCGCUCGACGCCUCACCUCCGAAGUCCGACCCAAAAGCUCCGGCCGCUCCUCGCCUUGCCUCUAAGACCCGCCUCACCUCCGAGGCUCCGACAUAAAGUAUGGCUGACCAUCACUGAGAACAAAAAGUAGGAGUGGAUUAGUACGAGUUAUUGGACGGGAGAAUAAACAGCUUCAGAAUUGAAGAAGUUCGAGAAUUUGAAAAAUGUUGCAGUGCAUAUUUCUCCUAUCAGAUUCAGGGGAAGUGAUGUUGGAAAAACAGCUCACGGGUCACCGGGUCGAUCGCUCCAUAUGUGCAUGGUUCUGGGACCAAGUACAUACUCAAGGAGAUUCUUUGAAGAGCGUGCCUGUUAUUGCUUCACCGACCCACUAUCUGUUCCAAGUGAUCCGUGAGGGAAUAACGUUUUUGGCUUGCACCCAAGUUGAGAUGCCACCUUUAAUGGCUAUUGAGUUUCUUUGCAGGGUAGCUGAUGUUCUUACAGAUUAUUUGGAUGGCCUGAAUGAGGAUCUGAUGAAGGAUAAUUUUGUUACCGUUUACGAGUUGCUGGAUUAGAUGAUAGACAAUGGCUUCCCUCUAACAACGGAACCUAGUAUAUUAAGGGAAAUGAUAGCUCCUCCUAAUAUUGUUAGUAAGGUUUUGAGUGUUGUCACUGGUAAUUCAUCCAAUGUGAGCAAUACUCUUCCAGGUGCCACAUCAUCAUGUGUUCCAUGGAGAAAGACUGACCUUAAGCACUCAAGCAAUGAUGUUUAUGUCGAUCUUGUCGAAGAAAUGUAUGCUACUAUAAACAGAGAUGGGGCUCUGGUAAAAUGCGAGAUAUAUGGUGAAGUUCAAGUAAAUUCUCACCUAUCAGGUCUACCCGAUCUCACACUAUCGUUCGCCAAUCCUUCAGCUCUUAAUGACGUGAGGUUUCACCCUUGUGUUCGACUUCGACCUUGGGAGUCAAAUCAGAUCUUAUCUUUUGUGCCGUCUGAUGGGCAAUUUAAGCUCAUGAGUUACAGAGUGAAAAAGCUGAAGAAUAUUCCGAUUUAUGUGAAGCCGCAACUGACGUCCGACUCAGGGAUUUGCCGUAUAAGCAUAUUGGUGGGAAUACGAAAUGAUCCUGGAAAGUCAAUUGACACUAUAACAGUUCAAUUCCAACUACCGCCUUCUGUUGUGUCGUCUGAUCUUUCUUCUAAUUGUGGACCAGUAAAUGUUCUUGCUGAUAAGAUUUUAGCUGAUUUUUGGCAGACAUGUUUGUGGACGAUUGGGAAAAUCCCAAAAGAUAAAGCUCCUUCAAUGUCUGGAACCUUGGUGCUUGAGAGUGGCAUGGAGAAACUUCAUGUAUUUCCCACUUUUAUUGUGGGUUUUAGAAUUAUGGGUGUGGCCCUAUCCGGCUUAAAAAUCGAAAAAUUGGAUAUACUGAAUUUGCCCACAUGUUCAUAUAAAGGCUUUCGAGCUCUCACUAGAGCUGGUGAAUUUCAAGUGAGAUCAUGA